CCUCAUCAGAGGCUUAGUGCCUUCUCUGCUCACUGGCAGCAGAAUUGUGACAAAGGCCGCCCGCCUGACCCCGGUCUCAGUGAACUUGUGAAGCCGACAGGUUGCCGGGUUAUCUAGGUGCCACAAUCAAGUUCAAUUCCAUUCAACACACGAAUCGGACAAGAUGAGGGCAACUGGGUGGCAGUUAUUGACACUGCUGCCAUGGCUUCAACACGGCCUUGCGCAGGACGACACCGUCACCUACACCGACAAAGCUUCCGGCAUCGUCUUCAAUACAUGGCCAAACACGUACAUGACGUUUGGCAUGGCGCUGCCGUCCAAUGCUCUGACUGCUGAUGCCACCGAGUUCACCGGCAUUAUUACAUGCUCGUCUCCCACACAAGGGACAGGUUGGUGCGGCAUCUCCAUGGGGGGCGGCAUGAACAGCAACCUGCUGCUUCUGGCAUAUCCACAGCAGGGCCAGAUCUUGACGUCUUUCCGGUGGGCGACCGACUACAAGCCGCCCACGGUCUACACCGGCGACGCGAAGCUGACGCAGAUAUCGUCGACCAUCAACUCGACGCACUACUCUCUCAUCUUCCGGUGCCAGAACUGCCUCAAGUGGAAGCAGGGCCAGGAAAGCGGCGACGCACCCACCAGCGAGGGCUAUCUCGUUCUGGGAUGGUGCCACGCGACGACUAGUCCUACCAACGGAGCAUGUCCCAACUCCCUCUCGGUGCGGCAGCACGGGAACCAGGGCAUCUUCCCCGCGAGGUUCAACAGCGCCGUUGCCAAUCGCGCGUACACCAGCUGGGCAUCCAAGGCCACGGCGACGGUCGCCGGGGGCUGUGGCGGAUCUAGGGUUCCAGCUCCCACCGCGACGACGGCAAAAGCCCCGUCGCCGACAACAGCAAAAGCACCGUCUCCAACGACAGCGAAGUCCCCGUCUCCAACGACAGCGAAGUCCCCGUCACCCACGACAGCGAAGUCCCCGUCACCCACGACAGCAAAAAGCCCGUCCCCGACGUCCAGCUGCGCGAAGUCUUACACGGUCAAGUCGGGGGACUAUUGCUAUCUCAUCGCGACAAACAACGGGAUCACGCUGGACCAGCUCAAGAGCUACAACCCGGGUCUGAACUGCGACCCGCUGCAGAUCGGCGCUGUCGUGUGUGUCCGACGCAGCUAGAUGUCCGACGCAGCAAGAAAGGCG